AUGCGCCUGUUUCGACGAUUGGGGUCGACUCUUGUUAUAGUCUGUACUGCGGUCAUGGCUGUCGCGCUCGGAGGCAUCCAUGGCGCACCAGGAAGCGCAUGGUUGCAUGCUUUAUCGACGGGGCGCGUAUCCCGCCAUCUUCCGAGCGCAGUCUCCCUGACUCGCGCUUCAGUUGGGCUGCGCAAUCGCACUCACGUGCGUGCCCCGUCCUCCUCUCUUGGCCCCCUGGGCGGAGCUUGGCUGGCGAGAAGAGCGCAGAGAACCGCGGAAGGCGGAAGGCUGAGGCGGAAUUUGCGGAGCGUGCUGACAGAUACAGCGGGAGGAUCAGGAGGGGUCGGGGGAAGCGGAGAGGGGAAUGGAGGGGGGAGCGGAGGAGGAAGUGGGGGAGGAGGAGAGGGGGCAGAUGAGGGAAAAGAUGAAGGGGAUGAAACGACACACUUGUUGCGGCAUAUUCUUCUGGCGCUGACCGCUAUACUCGAGGACGCGUCUGCAUUGCUGUCACGUGGGCUGUCGAUCUUACACACAUUCUCAGUCGCACUCGUUGAACGCUUUCACAGCUGCAUAUUCACCCUCAUUGCACAUGCAUCACAAUUACUCCGACUGCACGCUCUCCCCUCCUCCCCGUCCCCCCUCCACCACCAUCGCCCCUCGCUCCUCCUCCCCCUGCUCCUCGCCCCCCUCCUCGCGCUCCUCUCCCCCUUCCCCUGCGCCUCCGCGUCCCUCAUCCCGCUCGCGCGCCUCAGCACGUCCCGCACGUACCGCUGCCUCGAGCUCACCGUGCAGGACGAAUCCGGCCACCCGCUGCCGCCCUCCGCUGACGUGUACGACGCGUUUGCCGUGCAGCCAGGCGACGUGUUCGUGCGAAGGGACGUGGAAGACGCGGUGCAGCACCUGCUCAGCCUCGGAUGGUUCUCCCACGCCGAAGUCUCCUGUCGCCCGCAGCGCUCCGGGUGGACCUACCUGCAGCUCACCGUUAAAGACAUGCACUACCCCCCGGCUACUAUUGCGAAAUGCGUCAACGUGGGAGUGUCCGCACAGGAGGGGGCGGGCGGGGGAGAGGCAGGAGGACGGCCAGCAGGAGCAGCAGCAGCGGGGGCGCGCAAGUGCCUGUUGCCUGAGAGCGAGGAGCGGGAGCUGUCGAGAUGGCUGUCCCGCCAGGGCCCCUCGCUCUCCCAGCCGCUCCUGCAGCAGCUCGCAGCGAGGAUAGAGGAGUGGUACGCCAGCAAGGGCUAUGUCCUGGCCCGAGUCAGAAGCUUCGUGCCGCCAGGGAAAGGGGGAGCGGAAGGGGGGAAGGGAGGAGGGGGCGAGGUGGUGUGUCAUGUGGUGGAGGGGGAUGUGACGCGCGUGCAGGUGCGGUUUGUGGACGCGGCGGGGAACACUGUCAAGGGGCGCACGUCACUGGCACUGCUGCACCACGUGCUGCCCACCGAGCUGCGGCCAGGGGUGGUGUACAACGCAUGGCUGGGGCGGGAGGUGGUGCGAGCCCUGUACCGGCUGUCACUGUUUGAGUCGGUGCAGGUGCACCUGCGACCGGACGAGACACGGGGCCAGCACGGGGGCGUGGUGGUGGACGUGGAGGUGCGCGAGCGACGAAUGGCUGCUGCCACUGCUGACGCUGACUGGCACUUCGCUGUGCCACCCAACGGGUGGUUCCCACGCCUGGACUCCAUCUUUCCCGGGUGUCGAGUGCAUGUGGAGCAGCACGGGUUGGGGGGCAUGAACCGCUCGCUCUACCUCGACGUCUCCACUCACAACAUCAUGUACCCCCAGGUGCACCUCGCUCUCUCUCUAAUGGCCCUUUCAUUGAUAGAUAAGGACGACCUCUCACUGAAGCUAGAAUACAUCCAUCCUUUCCUCGACGGCGUUCCCCCACCGCCCCUCCACGCCCUCUCCCCAUCCUCCACCUCUCCCUCUCGCGCAACCACCGCCCCCACACAUCCCCACUGCCCGCGCAACCCGCGCACACUGAGAGCAGCGCUGUUCAACUCGCGGCGCCUGUCGUCCGCGCUGGCCUUCCAGGGCCCCACCGCACCGCUCGCCCUUGCCCUUGACGUGGGGCCGCUCUGGGUGGACCGCACAGGGGGGAAGGUCUCGCUCACUGAGGAGGUGACGAGGCAGAGCAGCAGCAGCACGGCGCUGGUGUUCCAGGAGGUGUGUGUACGUGAUGAGAACGCUGCCAUUGUGCCACGCGUCUCACCCUUCCGCCACUCCCUCGCUGCCCCGCCUGCCACCUCUGCUGCUGCUGCCGUCGCUGCUGCAGCUGGGGGCAUGGCUCCACUUGCCACCUCCUCUACUACCUCGUCUCUCCCUGCUGCAAUUUCUGACGGUGGCGUGAAUAAUCAGGGGACCGGGAGCAAUAACAGCAGCGGUGGCAUGCGGAGAGGGGGGUUAGGCAGUGUGGAGACAAGUGUGAGUGGACACGGCAUAGACCACCAACUCACACUACAGCAUGUCGUGACAAGAGAUGCCACCCGGCGCGUGCACGGCACGCAAGUGGGCGCGCGGGAUAUCUUCCACGUGGAGCAGGCACUACUGCCCUUCACCUCUCUCCCCUUCUUCAACCGCUACACCAUCUCCUGCACGCGCUUCCUCCCUCUCGAAACCGUCUAUUACGCUCUCUUCCCCUCGCCCGCGCGGGAACUGCGCUUGCGGCGGCGCCCGCCCCCGCCUGCACGCUCAGCACCAUGCACGCUGGUGCUGCAUGCGCGGCACGGUGUGGUUGUGGGCGACCUGGCAGCGGUGGACGCGUUUCAGCUGGGGGGAGCGCACUCCGUGCGGGGCUUUGAGCAUGGCGAGCUGGCCACGUGCAGGCGGUUCCUUGAGCUGAGCACGGAGCUACGAGUGCCGGUGCGAGCGCUGCACGUCUACUCCUUCCUGGACUGGGCCUCCGACCUCGCGUCCUCCGCCGCUGUCCCCGGCAACCCCUCCGCGCUCUUUGUCAAGCCCGGCGGCGGGUGGUCGUGUGGUGUGGGUGCGCAGUUUGGGCUCAUGCGCGUGGAGAUGGCCAGGGAUGGGCUGUCCGGGAGGACAGACGUUGCCUGCUACUUUGGAGACCGGUACUAG